AUGGAGUCCCUAAUCAAGUGCGCCGGCUGUGGCAAGAAGCCUGGCGUCAAGAGCAAAGCCAGCCGCAACUCCUGGACGGCAGUGUGCAACGCUCCCUGCAAUGAGCGUGGAGGUCCUCGUUACGAUGAAGAUGACGGUAAGGCCAACAGUGCCUUCACCAGCGGUCUCCGUGAAUGCGGAGCUCAGGAAACAGAUGCUGCAGCACAGCGCCGAACGGCCAGGGGCGCUUCUGUGGGCUCAGGGCGCCCCGGGCGCGUCGCCGCAGGACCAGAGCGCUUCUUCUAUGACAAGAGCACCUACACAGGAACGCACAGCAAUGGAGGCCCCGAGCACGUGGCUAAAGGCAUGGGUUCUCACGCCGACCGCUCAUGGAAGAGGCCUUCCCUGGACUCUGCCGAGGACAUGGAUCACCUCGCCCGUGUCACUUUGCUCUCUCAGCAGGGAGCUAGGCCUCCCAGCCCCUUGCAGGUGAAUGUAGAGCCGAGCAUGAAGGUUGCGACCCCAAGGUCAAGCUCCGGCGCUCCUCGACCGAGCUCACGAGGACGACCCGGAUCUCGCGGACCCGGCGCCGGCCGUCUCGUCGGGCCAGAGCGGUUCUUCUAUGACCGGAGCACCUACACGGGAACCCACACCCGAGGUGGACCCAGCUCGGUGUCCAAGGGUGGCGGCACCUCCUUCGACCAAUCCUGGAAGCGUCCAGUCUGA